AGACGCAGACAGCCUGUGCCAGUGCUCAACGCGCCCAAUGAUCUCACCCCGCUAUAAAUAAACGACGACCGACCACGCGCUUCUCUCCUCUCUUCCGUCCCCAUUAUUGCUGGAAAAAAAAGAACACGAGAAAAAUCUAAUCCAAGAGACGGGGAUUCCAGAGCGCCCCCGCUCGGCUAGGGAAGGGAAGGAGAGGCGAAGCGGAGCGGAGGCGAGAUGGGGGCGGCCGAGUCCGUGCCGGAGACCUCCAUACACGAAUUCACCGUCAAGGAUUGCAACGGCAAGGAAGUGAGCCUGGAGACCUACAAGGGGAAGGUCCUCCUUGUUGUUAACGUCGCCUCCAAAUGUGGGUUCACCGAGGUUAAUUACACGCAGCUGACGGAGCUUUAUCGGAAGUACAGGGACAAAGACUUUGAGAUAUUGGCAUUCCCCUGCAAUCAGUUCUUGCGACAAGAGCCAGGUUCUAAUCAGCAGAUAAAAGACUUUGCUUGCACCAGAUUUAAAGCUGAAUACCCAGUUUUUCAGAAGGUGCGUGUAAAUGGCCCGGACGCCGCGCCGGUUUACAAGUUUCUGAAAGCUAGCAAGCCUGGUUUGUUUGGAUCAGCAAGAGUCAAAUGGAAUUUUACCAAGUUUCUCGUGGAUAAAAAUGGGAAGGUCGUUGAGAGAUACGGAACAUCGACGGCUCCAAUGUCAAUUGAGAAGGACAUCCAGAAGGCCCUUGAUGAGGAAUAAAGAUCCCAUGUCCUCUUGUCUCGUCUCAUCCAUCACCCACACUGGCAGAAAUAGGCACUCGCAGAAGUAUUCCGUCGUAGCAACAUUUGCUUGUUUGUAGUAAAUCUGUAUAAUGCCCUCCUUUUCGCCUUCAUGCUCAUUGCGCUCGUGUAAGUAUUGGUUGUAUUAACUAGCCAUUAAUCUUCUCCGUCUUUUUUUUUCUUUUUGCCCUUUUUGGACUGAAGAGUUAAGUCAUGCUAUAUCGAUGCAAAACUAUGUAACAUUGGUGAAGUAUUAUACUCCUACUAGUUUAUAAGGUUUGUGUUUACGCUCA